AUGUCCAUAUCCUCCCACUCCCAGCACAAGUUCGACCCGCAGGACUCCACGACCGAGCUGCACUUGCUCGGUGAGACUUCUCCUGGUGUACGCAGGAUCGAGGCUAUCAACGCGACCUUCACAAAAUGGACCAAGGUCUUCCUCUUCGUCGGCAUCUUCUUGGUCAGCUACGCCUACGGUCUUGACGGAACCAUACGAUACACUUACCAGUCGUACGCUACGAACAGUUAUGCGCAACAUUCGCUGCUUGCCACGGUUAACGUUCUGCGCGCCGUCAUUGCUGCCGCCGCCCAGCCAACGCUCGCAAAACUGAUGGACGUGUUCGGUCGCUUCGAAGUCCUCGUUGUCAGCAUAGUAUUCUAUGUCGUCGGUACGAUUGUCGAGUCCACGUCAACCGGAGUACGAGGCUUCGCCGGCGGUGCCAUUUUGUACCAGAUUGGGUACACAGCGAUCAUGCUGAUUGUUGAAGUACUCGUUGGCGACACAACCGCGCUCCGCAACCGUGUGCUGUUCUCUUUCGUUCCCGCAACACCGUUUGUGAUCAACGCAUGGGUUUCUGGCGACGUCACUUCAGCCGUCCUCGGCGCAACUACCUGGCGCUGGGGUAUUGGCAUGUGGGCUCUCAUUUACACUGUUUGCGCCUUGCCGUUAUGCAUAACCUUGGCUUGGGCAACCAAGCGGGCUUCACACUCAGUAAGCAUGGAGAAGUAUCGGACGCCCUUCCAACAGCUCGGCUUCAAGGAUCUUAUGAUUGCCUUGUUCUGGCAACUCGACGUCAUUGGAAUCAUCCUCAUUAUCGCAGUAUUUGCCCUUAUCCUUGUACCCUUUACCAUCGCAGGCUCCGCCGCCGAGCAGUGGCGAGCCGGGCACAUCAUUGCGAUGCUCGUUAUAGGCGUAUGCUGCGUUCCCGUUUUCGUUCUGUGGGAAAUGAAGGCUAAGCACCCUCUCGUACCGUUCCGCCUGCUCAAGGAUCGCGGUGUUUGGGCUGCGCUAGGGAUCGCUCUAUUCCUCAACUUUGCGUGGUAUCUCCAGGGCGACUACCUGUACACUGUUCUGGUCGUAGCUUUCGAUGAGACCAUCAGCUCAGCCACUCGCAUCACCAAUGUUUAUUCGUUCACCUCGGUCCUUGUCGGGUGUGGUCUGGGUCUGAUUGUCCGCUACGUCCGACGGUUGAAGCCAUUCAUUGUGUUCGGCGUCUGCUUGUUCAUGGUCGCCUUCGGUCUCCUGAUCCGCUUCCGCGGCGGCAAUGCAAGCCACAGCGCUAUUGUCGGUGCUCAGGUCGUCCUGGGCUUCGGAGGAGGCAUGUUCUCGUACCCCGCGCAGGCCAGCAUCCAGGCCCAUACCCGCCACGAACACUUGGCAGUGAUCACCGCCAUUUAUCUCGCCUCCUACAACAUUGGCAGCGCUCUCGGUGGUUCCGUCUCUGGCGCUAUCUGGACGAACGUUCUUCCUGAGCAGCUGUCCUCCCGCCUCGCGAACAUCAACUCGACGCUCGCGGCGGAGGUAUACGGUUCCCCACUUACUACCGCCAUCUUAUACCCCGUCGGCACCCCGGAGCGCGAUGCGAUCAUUGCCGCCUACAAACAUACGCAGCGCCUGCUCUGUAUCACCGGUAUCUGCCUCUGCGUGCCCCUCCUCGUCUUUGCUCUGCUCCUCCGUGACCCCAAGCUUGGUGACGAGCAGAGCUUGCCGGCGGCAGAGCGGCCCGCGGUCGACGGCGAGGAGCCAGUUGACCGGCCGGAAAAAAACUGAAUCCCACUGCCUUCUCAUCGAUGUCGGCUACCGGUAAUGAGCUGUCGCAUCGAAGUACUCUAUGUGUGACUGUACUCUAUGUAAUGCUCUGCGGAAAUCACUUUAUU